CACAGCACGUAUACUGCCUGAUUUCACUUUUCAUUUCACACACACCCCUCCUCUGAGCGAGCCAGCCAGCCAGCCAGGAGCCUCCCUAUCCACCAUCACGCUGCGAUACUGGAGCACCGCCGCUCCUCCAGCUUUCCCACAGAAGGACAGGCUGCCGUCGGAAUAUCCACAAAAAUCGCUCGUUUGCACGACAUCUUGGUUGUAGAGAUGUUCGGUAACUACUGAAUAUUUUCUUUCAUUUUUAUUUGUUCUGCACCUGAGAAUAACAAUGCCCAAGCCAGGCACGCUGUGGCUGUGUUGAGACGCGCUGGAUUAAAAAGACAGGCAGCACACACAGGACAGGACUACAACUAGAGGCUUCAUUUCUGUUGCCAGCAUGGCCGUGAACAUCAUGCCAGCUCCUGCCAUUCAGCCAGAGAAGGACCAACCAUCGCUGCUGGACCAGGAAGACUCUCCGUCGAGCCAAGCCCACAUCUCUGUGCCGUGCCCACCCCUCGGAGAUGAACCGCUCAUCCACAGCAGCAGCAGCAGUCCGGUCAGCACGCAGCCCCCCCGUAGCAAAUCCAAAGACGAGCUAGUCAUAGUCAUCAACGAGAAGCUGAAGAACAGCAAUGGAAUCCACCCAACGUCCACAGAGAGCACCUCUCCAGUCAUCUGCUCUCCUCCCAGAAGACAACACUCCAUCUCUUACCCCCAUCACAGCAAGAGCAGGAAGGGGAGCAGGGCGAGCUCCAUCGGCUACACCGCCUUCUCGCCAAGGCCGUCAAUUUCUCGCCACUCCAGCAUCGCCACCAACCCGCCCUUGGACCGGACCAAAAUCAAAGACUACCUCUUCCUGUCCGUGCUGGCCUGCUUCUGCCCUGUCUGGCCCAUCAACAUUGUGGGAUUUGUCUACUCCAUCAUGUCCAAGAACAGUCUUGAGCAGGGCAACCUGGACGGCGCCGUGCGUCUGGGACGUGUGGCCAAGAUGCUCUCUCUGGUGUCACUAGUAGGAGGGACGGUCAUUAUCAUCGCCUGCAUCGUCAACCUGGCCAUAAAUGUGAAAACCUGAGUUUCAUCCCAGGAUGAAACUGGAUGAGACAACUGACCGUCCGGCCCGCACCUGCACCACCGUCUUUACCCCCUAGUCAUUACCUGGAUGUGUGACAAAUAUGCACCCGAUAUACAGUGCUUACUUGUAUUUCUGUAAUCUAUAUAAAUCCAUUUUUGCUAACGGAGGAAAAUAAAUAUAUGCAAAUGCUGCUGCUCUGAGUCAGGGGGGGGGGGGGUAGUCUGUUAGAUGGAGAAGAGAGUAGACAACCUAAUCAGUCUAUUUUGGUCAGAAUGAUUCUUGAUAAACUCUUCAAGAAUCCCAUCACCACUCGCAGAUCUGACUCAGACAAGAUGGACUAGAAUAAGGUGGACCAGUGGAGGUGGUUAUUACAUUAAACGGGAAGAACCGCCUUCCAAGCUUCAGCACCACAUGCAACAAAAUGUCCGACCAACUCCAUCCUUCACUGCACCCAAAGACAGGACUCCUCAGAGUUUCAGCUUGCCGUUAAAUCACCUUGGAUACGUGAAGAGAGGCUCUGGGAUUAGUGCUUGCAUUGAAUUCACAGAGCAGUAAUUCACCUCACAGAGAAGAAACACUUUGGUUCACAGUAUCUCCUCUUGUUUCAGACUCUUCUCUGUGGUGCUCAUGACUCUCGCCCUUACACCUCGUGUUUGAGAGUGAGCGUAUGGGUGGCAAAAAAAGGGUGAAAAAGAGGCUUACCAAGGACUGACUGUGGGUGCCAAACUGGAAGGGAUUAUGGAAAGUCUCACACUGAAAUCAUCACAGCAAGGAAAAAUGCGUGCCAAACAAAUUGAGAGAGAAAGUUUCUUGCUUUGUAAAGACCUAACACUUAUCACAAAAUUGUGGUAUAGAGGAUAAGAGUGUAUUUGUUUUUUUUUGUUUUUUACUCUGCUGCAAUUUUACCGUGUAUAUCCGCUCGACACCACUGACCACUGUGAGUCAAAAAAACACCGUAGCAAGACACUUUCAUUUUACAGCGACGCUAUUUAUGCUACAUCAUCUAUAACCUAUCUUUUGAUAAUGUUUGUAAAAGAUCAUUUUGAAAACAGAAUUUCGUAAUGUAAAGCUUUUGAAGUGCUAUGCUGCAGUUGACAGAUGGUGGUAGUACUGUUUAUGUAUCCUGGCAACACUGUUUGGUUAACAAGUGAAAUAGCUUGUUAUUGCAGUCAAAGUUGGUGACUGUAGCCUCCGUCUGCAGCCGCAGGUCGCCUGUACUUUCAAACCAGGCAGAGUGUGGCUUCUGUUGUC